GAAAACUCACGCGUUCCCCGCCAUCUCCCACUCGGCCACCCUCCAGUCUCCACCCCCAGCCAAGCCGCGGCGGAAAACCAGAGUCCAGAGCAGAGAGCGCUGCACCCGCCCAGCCCCUCCGCCAUUACUCCGAUUCCCCAUCCCAGCUUCUCCUCCUUCCCCGGCAAUUAAUGCCGGCAACAACCAGAUCCAGCCCCCGGAAACCUAAGCCCCGCAAACAAAUACCCUCUUCCCAUUCUGCCCCUCCCCCGCGCAUCAUGCCAUUCCGCCCCACGAUCGCGCCCACGCCGCCGCCGCCGCCGCCGCUGACGACGACGACGAGGGGGAGCAGAGAGCGAUGUCGUUCCUCGACCCGCUCGCGUCGCUCGGGCUUGGGUACGCCAUCGCCAUCGCGCUCGGCUUCCUCGUGCUCCUCGCCUCGGUGCUGCUCGCCUCCUACUUCUGCCUCCGCCGCGGGGCCGGCGCGGGGUUCGGCGCCGGCGGCCUCGGCGUGGGGGGCUCCGCGCGGCACGCCGCGUCCUCCGCCUCCAGCUCCGGCCACAUCUCCAUCACCGUGCCCCGCGUCGUCUUCGUGGCCGAGGACUACGACUCCCCGGGGUCCUCCUCCCGCGGCGCCGCCGCCGCGGCCUCGCCCGUCGGCCUCGACCCGGCCGUCAUAGCGACGUACCCGAGGGUGCCCUUCUCCAGGGCCGCGCUGGGGGCGGACGCCGAGGCCGCCUGCUCCAUCUGCCUCUGCGAGUACCGCGAGGGCGAGAUGCUGCGGGUCAUGCCCGAGUGCAAGCACAGGUUCCACCUCACGUGCCUCGACGCGUGGCUGCGCCGGAGCGCGUCGUGCCCCGUCUGCCGCUCCUCGCCUAUCCCCACCCCCGUCUCCACACCGCUCUCAACCCCGCUGUCGGAGCUCGUCCCGCUAUCGCAGUACGCUGCUGACCGUCGCCGGAGCAGGUGAUGGAGGUUUGGGUGAUUCACUGGUGAUGCUUAGCAUAUUUGAACUGUUGGAUUAGAGAGCUUCCAUAACUUAUAGAAAUGUUUGCUUGGUAGCAGUGAAUUGUUGGACCAAGGAAGACAAGCAGUGUACAUACAUUGUUCCCGCGUUCUAAAUUUUAAUAUAGCUUCUAUCUAGUGAGGUUACCUGUGGUCCUAUAAAGUUGUAUGUGCAAUAUCAGUCUCUGAAUUAUCUUUAUUCCAUUUAUAUGAAUUAUAUUGCAGUGUACAUUCUUGUAUGUUGGCUGUAUUGUUUUGGUAGCAAGAAUUUGAAAGAACCUUGCUGUAUAGUUCUCACAAAAUGUGUGAGUGCAGCUGUGCAAGCAAGCUUCUAGCAUCUAAAUGGAAAUUCUAUAUUGUAAGGGAAGGAGAGCAUUCUUCAAUAUAAAAUUCUAGUCAUUGAGAUAUUUCUGGGUCUUGAGAUACUUCUGACACCUGCCUGUCUGAUAAUUUGGAGCACUGGAUUUUGCAGUCACAACUGAUUAAUGUUCAAUAAGAUCAUUAACUUUUGAGGAAGGUAAUUGCAUUUGAGAUGAUCAUUUUGUGCAGAUUCCUCCUAAAAGUUCCAUCUGUAUGUCCCUGACCCCUUUCUAUUUGAAUCAUGCCAUUAUACCUAUUACGGAAAAUUUCAAUUUGUCCAUCCUAUUGACUAGCCUGAAUUUUCAAAUGCUAUCCUUGGUAGGUUGAGUUACUCAUGUUUUCUCUCUGGUUUUUAAAUCUCUGGCUGAACAAUCUCAUUUUUGUAUAUGAAUGUUGCUCCUUUCUCUUGUAUUUUGGUUUCUGGGAUAUUAGUAAACCAACUGCAACUAGCUGAUAUUUAUGACACGUUAUGCAUACCUUAUACCAAAUUUGGGGUUCUUUUAAGGGUAGUUGCAUAUAAAAGGCAAGAUGUUGUCAUGUUAGUGACCUAAGAUUCUUACCUCCCACGCUGUGGUUGCUAACUGCCAAAUUAAUAAUGAACCUAGUAUUGUACUGUAGUACAAUGAUCCAUUGGUGUUCUUCAUUCACCAUCUGUCACCAUUCAACAAUGUAGAGUCAUGGUGACGCUCCCAUUCCUUUUGUUUCUUUCUUUACUUUUUCAGGGAUGGCGGGCCCGUAUAUACCAAGUUGCUUCUCUAUAUGUGUGGGGUUAAUUACUACGUUAAGGUAGCACAUUUCCAUGUCAUUUCAAGUUAAUUCCGUGUGAUGUGAUCAUGUGGGAUUGAGCACCAAUGAAUCAUACCAAAUAAAUUGCUGACGCCAUACCCCUGUAUCUACUAUUCUACUGUGUACAUUGUGGUCUGUUUGAACAAGCAACUUUCUGCAGGGAAAAGGCUGUCUUUGAAGUAACAAGUAUGUUUUGUCAGAACUUGUUAGCCUUGUAUUGUGUUCCCGUGUUUUGUGUGGUCUGCGGAACCCAUGCCAGAGGGUAUGUAUGAUACUGUGAAACUAUGUUUGUUUUGGCCCUAGUGCAAUGCAAAUAGAUUAGUUUCUAUGGUC